AGUUCUUCGGGGUUCGUGGGGGCGGCAGGGAAGGCUCCGGUGGCCUUCUUGGGGUUCUGGGCGCGGGUGAUCCCAGCUCUUCUAGGGCGGCCUGCCUAGGGCCGGGAAGCUCCCUGCUGCCUCUUCGUGGUGGCAGUCGGAGGCCGCGCGGGUGUCCGUCUGGGCGGGGCGGUGUGCGGGGCCGGUGCGGUGGGUCAGGAGGCGGUCCGGUGCGCGCGGCUGGACAUCACUGGUCCCCGGGACACGCGCGGGGACGCAGCGCAUCUGCCAGGUCAGUAGACUCCCCGGUUCUCAGACUCCCUCACAUCUGUGAAAUGGGGAAGCAGUAACUUUAGAGUCGUUGUGAGGAUUAAGUAUUAUAUGCAAAGCACGCAAGACGCCUAGCAGGGAGAAGGUGUGCGUCGCAUCUAUGGUACUGCUGCGGCAGCUUCCCUCUCGUGGCCCGGGACCACGCAGCGCCCUCGGCGUGCUGAGCCUCCUGCCUGCCGCUGUCCCCGCAGAGCCCGCUGCAAACCCAGGCAGCCAGCGCAGGCAGCCGUGGCCAAGGCUCUUCUCUGCCAUUUGUCUGGCUGCUCCUCCUACCUUCUCUCCCAACUGGGGCUUGUGUUUGGAGCUGUGGAUGCUAUAAGAGGUGGCGCUCUUGGAAUUUGUGAUUAGGAGUGGCAACCUAUCUGGCGUACGUCGUGCAUGUGUGUGCGUGUGUGUGAGGGAGUGUUUUAACCAUGUAACCUCGGACGGCUAUCGUAAGGCUAGAUGCAGAGAGAGAAAGAGGGAGAAAGAAAGAGGGUGAGAAAGUUCACAGGUUAGAGGUUACUCACAGUUCCCUAGAGAGAACACAGCACUCCAGGCAGGGCCCCUCAGAGGAAGCAGCUGGGCUCAUCAUUAGGCAGAGGAAGAGAGGGCAAAUGUGGGGAAGCACCUUUAUUGUGGUUUCUUCAGGAAGGAGAGGGUGAGGCAGGGCAAACGGGCUUAGGACCGGUUGGCUGUGUUUGAAAGUGGCAGCCCAGGAAGCUCAUGUUCGCUGUGACUGAGCGUGUAGUUUAAAACUCUCUUAAGGACUCCAGAUACCUAUGGUGAGUCAGUCUGCUUAGACGCAGCUAAUAGACCCCAGGCGGACGUGAAAGCAUCAUUUAUAGAAAUUAGCAGUAUGGUUAAUACAAGGAGGAGGUGGAGAUGGGCAAACUGUCUUAGAGCUUCAUUGGCUUUUUCACUUGGUUUGCGUCAUUGAUGUGGGUUGCUUUGUCAGGACGUGAUAGACAUUAUGGGUGGCUGUAACGUCCUUUUUCCAAGCCAUCCCUUGACACCAGAGUUCUUCAUGACACCUUUUUUUCCUCUGCAGACCUACCUUGUCAAGCACUCUGUUCUCCCUUGACGGGAAAACCGAGAAGGAAAGAAUGGCGCUGGAUUUGCUGCCUGCUAAGGUGACAGGGUCUGUAACGUUCGGGGAUGUGGCCGUGUUCUUCAGCCGGGAUGAGUGGCUGCACCUGAACCCCACACAGAGAGCCUUGUACCGGGAGGUGAUGCUGGACAACUUCAGCGCCCUGGCCUCGCUGGGGAUUCCAUUUUCAACGCCAAAAGUGAUCUGCCGGUUGCAACUAGGAGAAGACCCCUGUAUGGUGGAAAGAGAAAUCCCUGAAGACCCCCGUCUCGAUUUUAAGACAUGGCCUGAAAUAGAAGCACUGCCUCCGAAACAGGACAGUUCUAUAGAAGAGACGUCUCAGGGAAUAACGCAGAGAAAAUCCAUGAAGUUUGGUCACUUGGACAUCAGGUUGGGAGGAGCUUUGGAAUUUGAGGGCAGGAUACAACAGGAGCAAGAGAAGAAAGCUCCUGGGCAGACGGUGGCUUCACACAGGAGAACCAUCAGCAGAGAUGGGAACCAGACAAGUUUUGAGCUGGGGAAAGGCUUGUUUAUAAAUACAGUUCUUGUUACACCACAGAGUGUUCCUAUAGAAAGGAUACCUAAUUUAUAUUAUACUCUGGGGAGAGAUUUUAAACAGAAUUUUGAUCUAAUGAGAUAUUUCCAGAUGUACCCAGGAGAAAAGCCUCGUAUUUACAGUCAAUGUGGGAAAAGCUUCAACCAGAGUCUUCAUUUUAUUGAACACCAGAGAGUUCAUACUGAUGAGAAACCCUACAGAUGUAAUGAGUGUGGGAAAACCUUCAGCCACAGAUCAUCUCUUCUUGCCCAUCAGAGGAUUCACACUGGAGAGAAACCUUACAAAUGUAACGAGUGUGAGAAAGCAUUUAGCAGCAGCUCAACCCUCAUCAAGCACCUGAGGGUGCACACUGGAGAGAAGCCCUAUCAGUGCAAGGAGUGUGGGAAAGCCUUCAGCCAGUGUUCUACCCUCACGGUGCAUCAGAGAAUCCACACUGGGGAGAAGCUCUAUAAAUGCGGUGAGUGUGAGAAGGCCUUCAGCUGUAGAGCAAAACUUCAUAGGCAUCAAAGAAUCCAUACAGGCGAGAAACCCUAUACGUGUAGUGAAUGUGGGAAAAGUUACAGCCAGUUUACAUCCCUGGCUGAACAUCAGAGGCUUCACACUGGAGAACAACUGUGUACAUGCGUGGCGUGUGGGAGAACCUUCACACGCAUCUCAACCCUCACUGAACAUCAGAGAAUUCACACUGGACAGAAGCCCCAUCAGUGUAAGGAAUGUGGGAAAACCUUCAACCAGUAUUCAUCGUUUAAUGAGCAUCGGAAAAUUCAUACUGGGGAAAAACUGUACACAUGCAGAGAGUGUGGGAAAGCCUUUGGCUGCAAAUCUAACCUUUAUAGACAUCAGAGAAUUCACACGGGAGAGAAACCCUACCGGUGUAAUCAGUGUGGAAAAGCAUUCAGCCAGUAUUCAUUCCUAACUGAACACGAGAGAAUCCAUACUGGAGAGAAACUCUACAAAUGCAUGGAAUGUGGGAAAGCCUACAGUUACAGGUCAAACCUUUGUAGACACAAAAAAGUCCACAGUAAAGAGAAGCUCUAUAAGUGGAAGGAAUACGGGGUCGGAGAUUUCUUAGAAGAGCUAAGCCCUUUGACGUUUAAUUCACCUCAAAUAAUUUAAGAAUUCUCACUGGAGAAUGAUCAGGAGAAUGAUAAACAGGGCACCAACUUCUGAUAGAUUAAGUCUUUUUUUAUUUCUCCUGGAGAGAAUGUGCCAGUCACCAUUAAGUAAUGAUAAAAUAUAGAGCACUGACUUGGCACAUUUUAUAAGAACCAAUAAAUUCUAAGGUUUCUAAAAAUACGUACAAUUUUUAAAUUCGUAGAAAAAUGUAAAAGGCCUAACUUUAAAAAACUAAAAUUUUUAAACUUUGAUGUUUAAAAACAACAUGAAAAUAAUAGACUAAGUGUUUUGUUUCUUUCAUCAGACUUUAUUCCCCUCUAAGAGUAAGCUCCAACACGAAUUUUAGGAAUAGGUUUUGAGUUGUUAAUAAUGUGAAUAAAUGUGGGGCCUUAUUUUCUAAAAUGGCAGGCAGACGUAGGACAUGCCGCCUUUCAUGAAGAGAAGCUAAAGGUAAAAAGGAAUUCUUUAAAUUUAGGUUUUCACAUGGAAAUAAUCAAGCUCACUUUCCAUGAACUGCCACACCAACAAGUUAUAUUUAUAAAUAUAUGUAUAUUUUUUUCCAGUGGUGUCUCUUUCUUACAUUAUUACUUAUUUGCUAUGAUUGUACAUUGCUGAACAGAGACUUACAGUGUGGUAGAAGUUGGAGUAAACUGAAGCGGGUAGAGAGACUGUCAGGCAGACACUCUCCUGUCUGUUGCAGGACUGAUGUGUUUCCAGAAUCUGACUAGACCUCUGGCAGCUCAUUAGAGCCAGGAGAGAUCUUAAGUUUAUGUAGAGCCUUUCAUUUCACUCAUAAAGAAAGUGAGCUCACUGAGUAGAGUCAAGACUAGGAUCUAGGUCUUCAGUUCUGGUUUUGUGUGUUAAUUAUAGGUUCAUUUUCAACCUCAAGUCCCAAGAGUGCAAGUCCCAAAGCUAUGUGUUUUGCAAACGGGUUAGGGGCGCAAUUACCUUAACUUAAUCAGCUUUAUUUUUAUGUUUGACAGGUUCCCCCUGACUUUAAUCUUGAUAAGUGACUUAGUCAUGUUUUUCCUUUUUCUUAUGUGUCCCUAAUUAUACCUGCUUUUAUACUAACAUAAAUUAUUAACAUAAAUCCUAAGACCCCAGCUGAGGUCCAGAUGGUGAAAUUGCCCUUGGAGAUUUCACACAGAAGAUUGCGUUUUUGUUUGUUUUUGUGACAUGUCUUUUAGGAAUUCUUUUUGUAAAGUGAUAUAUGAAUAUUUUAUUAUUAAACAUUCCAAUCAUCAGUUGAAAUUGUUUAUCCAAACAUUUUCCAUGUUUUUUUAGAAAGAUUUCAUUUUCCCCUUGGGCCUGCUUCCUCCAGUUUUAUAUUUCCCGUUCACAACUGGUAUCAUUCAAAAGAUUAUUCUAUUAAAAUUAGCUAGAACCUUCUAUCUGAAAAAGGUUUUAGAAUUAAAACUCAAGAAUUCAGCAUAGUAUGUCUUUUGACUUAGCUCAUUAGAAAGUAUCUUAUAUAUUUAAGUAUAUUUAGAAGGAAAAUGAAGCUUUUAAACAAACCUCAAAAUUUAACAUUGUACAGAGCCAUUUGCAAGACAUUAUAAAUAAAAACAUGUUUUGAUUGCCCAAUAGCAGUGAUCAUGCUUAGUACCCAGAUCUUGGUUUCUAAAUGCCAUUUCCCCGCUAAAAGGAUCUAGAGCUCCUUGGAGAAAUGGCUGAUUCCAUAUUUGGAGCAGGGAGAGUGUAAAGUAUGCCUGGAAUAUUUUUUUAUGCAACAGCACAAGAACACAGAGAUUAAUGGGACAGUGUCAGAAGGACACGAGGCCAAAUUGAAGGUACUUCCAGUGAUCAAAUUUAGGACAGUUGAAACGUCAAAAAGAAUAAUCACCAUAAUUAGUUACGACAUAAAAAGUAAAAGUAAAAUAAGCCCAUGAUGAAAAAACACAAAAAAAGACAGCUUUUUAUAAACGUACUUGAAGAAGCCAUCUUUUAAUUGUACAUGCAGUGAUAAAUUUAGAAGAAUUACCAUUUUACAACCCUUAAUGUGAUCAAAUCAGGCACAUUCAAUGGAUGAUAAAACCCUAAUAAACGAAAAAAAAUUUUAAGGAACAUUAUUGACCUAGUGUCAAAAGAUGACAUCCCAAGUGCAGAGGAAAGACAUGCCUUUAAUGGAGGGAUCUGGCUGUCAAACUGAGUUUCUCUACCAGUGGGGCAACCUGACACCACGUGACUCCGGACGAGACGCCGUAUGAAGCACACACAAGCGUCUGUGGUGGAUUCUUGCCAAAAAUAUUUAAUGAAAAUCAAAGUCUCUUAUCUAGACUUACUGUCCUGUUUACAAGCAAUACAAGGUACAGAGAAACAAGUUGAAUUACACGGUGAGGAAAUAGACAAACCCAGAGUUUGGGUCGUUGUAUGAGACAACCAGUCUGGACUUUUCAAAAAGCCAAUGUAACAAAGUGGAGUCUUCUAGAUGAAGCCACUCAAGAGAUGUAACCAAAAGCAAGAUGUGAUCCUUAAUUGGCUUCUGAUUCAGAAACAGUAAAACAACUCUACAAGACAUUUGGGGGGAAUGUGGAGAAAUGUGAGGGUGGAAUGGGUAUUAGAUAAUGUAGUAUGUUUAAUUUUCCUAGAUGUGAUAAUGGUACUGAGGUAUAAAGGACAAUGCCCUUUUUCUUAGGAGAUGCAUGCAAAAGGUUUCAAGUUUAAAAAGUCAUGAUGUUUGCAGCGUAUUUUCAGAUAUGUCAAAAAUUAGUCAACUGUUGUCGAAUCUUUGUGGAGGAUAUAGAUAUGUUCGUUGAUCAUCCUCUAAACUUUAUGUUAAAAAUUUUAAUAAAAAAUUUAGGCUAAGUGUGAUUGGAGACGUGAUGAA